UCUCUCGUCUUCUUCCUUCGUCUCUCUUUCUCUCUCUCUUCUGCUUUCGAUUCUCGCAGCUCCUCCUCCUCCCGAUUGCAGCGUCCCCCCGCCGUCCCCGGCUCGCCGUCGAUCGAAGCCGGGAGUGUUGUUGCCGCCCGCCGGUCCGCGAUCUCCCGAACUGUGGACAGUUCUUGCAUGCUGGGUUGGUCUCUGCAUCAUUUGCGUCCCAUAUUCUGCUUGUGAUCCACUGGUGGAGUCUGUUACUAAUGUGAAUCGAGGAAGUUUGAGUGAAGAUAGCUUUAUACGGACAGUAGAUAAUCAGGCCUGGCUCUGGAUAGCUACUUAGACUCUGUUCACCAAGGGGCAACACCCCCUAUGGUCCCAUCACGAGCAGCUGGAGGCUUGACCCAGUCUUCCUCGAGUUCAGGAAUAUAUUAUCAAGGGGAUGGACAGUCCUAUACUGUAGUUAAUUCUCACUUGAGCUCUUCAUUCGGUAACUCCUCUAAUUCAGUACCUGGAACUGGGCGCCCUACUCUAGGAACAGUUUCAGGGGACAUGAACAAUGUAGUUUUGAACAGCGUGGCAAACUCAGGACCAAGUGUUGGGGCAAGCUCCUUGGUUACAGAUGCUAAUUCUGCACUCUCAGGAGGGCCACAUUUGCAGAGAAGUGCAAGUAUCAAUACAGAUUCAUAUAUGCGUUUGCCAGCAUCACCAAUGUCUUUUUCUUCAAAUAACGUUAGUCUAUCAGCUUCAUCAGUUAUGGAUGCAUCCUCUGUAGCUCAGCAGAACUCUCACCAAGAACAGACACCCCCAGUUCAACAGAAUCAACAGCAGCAACAAGGGGCUUCUACUGCUACAUCAUUACCUGCAUCACAAACUGGGCAAGUGUUGCUGCCCAUGGGUCCAAGAAUUCCUGGAUCUUUCAUUCAGGACCCAAAUAACCUAUCUCAUCAGGUGCAGAAGAAACCGCGUUUGGACAUUAAGCAAGAAGACAUAAUCCAGCAGCAGGUCUUACAUCAACUGUUGCAGAGACAGGAUGCCAUGCAGUUACAAGGUCGUAAUCCUCAGUUGCAAGCAUUACUGCAGCAGCAAAGACUACGACAUCAGCAACAAUUGCUACAAUCAAUGCCACAUAUGCAGAGGGUGCAUUUGCAGCAGCAACAGCAGCAGCAACAGCAGCAGCAGCAGCAGCAGCAGCAACUUCAGUUGAGGCAGCAGCUGCAGCAACAGGGCAUUCAAUCAAUGAAUGCCUUCAAGCGCCCCUAUGAUAGUGGUGUAUGUGCUCGUCGGUUGAUGCAAUAUCUUUAUCAUCAGCGACAACAGACUCCGGUUAAUGCUAUUGCCUAUUGGAGGAAGUUUGUGGCAGAAUAUUAUUCCCCUCGAGCAAAGAAAAGGUGGUGCUUGUCAUUAUACGACAAUGUUGGGCAACAUGCACUUGGUGUUUUUCCACAGGCUGCUAUGGAUGCAUGGCACUGCGACAUUUGUGGUUCCAAGUCUGGAAGGGGAUUUGAGGCCACUUUUGAAGUACUGCCUAGGCUUAAUGAAAUCAAAUUUGGCAGUGGUGUCCUUGAUGAGCUUCUUUUCCUGGACAUGCCUAAAGAAGUCAGGUUUCCCUCAGGGAUAAUGGUGUUAGAGUAUGGAAAAGCUGUUCAGGAGAGUGUGUAUGAGCAACUUCGUGUUGUCCGUGAGGGUCAGCUUCGUAUAACAUUUGCUAAUGAUCUCAAGAUACUGUCGUGGGAAUUCUGUGCUCGUCGUCAUGAAGAACUUCUUCCUCGGCGCUUGGUUGCCCCACAGGUAAAUCAGUUGGUCCAGGUUGCACAAAAGUGUCAGAGCACUAUUGCGGAGAGUGGAGCUGAUGGGGUCUCUCAACAGGAUCUACAAACAAACAGUAACAUGGUCCUGACAGCUGGGCGUCAGCUUGCCAAAAGUCUGGAGUUGCAGUCGCUCAAUGACCUCGGAUUUUCUAAAAGAUAUGUGCGGUGUUUGCAGAUCUCUGAGGUUGUCAACAGCAUGAAGGAUCUCAUAGACUUCUGUCGGGAGAGCAAAGUUGGCCCUGUUGAGGGUUUGAAAAGUUUCACUCAACAGGCCUCAGCUGCAAAAGUACAGAUGCAGAAAAUGCAAGAGAUGCAGCAGAUAGCAAAUGUUCAGGGUCUGCCAACUGAUCGCAACACAUUGAAUAAGUUGAUGGCUUUACAUCCUGGUAUUAACAAUCACAUGGGUAAUAACCAGCACAUGGUCAAUCGCGGAGCCUUAGGUGGAGCCUUAAGUGGUUCUGCACAAGCUGCCUCAGCUCUGACUAGUUACCAAAACAUGCUAAUGCGGCAGAACUCCAUGAAUACAAGCUCCAACUCCCUUCAACAAGAGGUGCUAAUGCGGCAGAACUCCAUGAAUGCAAGCUCCAAUUCCCUUCAACAAGAGGCAUCUUCUUGCAACCAGAACCCACCUUCUACGUUUCAAGGGUCUGCUGUUUUAUCUGGAUCCAUGCAGAAAUUACCUGUCAGUGGCUACUCAAGCCCUCACCUCACUCCGCAGCAAUCCCAGCCGUUGCAGCAGCGCUCGGGGAGUGCCAAUAGUUUACUCUCACCAAACCAUCCUCAGUCGUCCCAAGGCAACCAAGCUUUUGACCACCAGAUGAUUCAGCAGCUGUUCCAGGAGAUGUCUAACAACAGUUCUGGUCAGAAUGCAAAUGGAAAUGUGGCGAAAAGUGGCAUGGGAUAUGGGAGUAAUAAUGCAGCACCGCAAGCAGCUGCAUCUAAUGUGUCAGGAGGUGCUGCAGGGCCGGCGCCAAGUAGGAGCAACAGCUUCAAAGCUGCUUCGAACAGUGAGUCCUCUGCAGCUGGGGGGAAUGAUGGUUUCAACCAGAAGGGGCCUGAUAUGCCUCAGGGUCUCCAUAUACAAGAUGAUAUUGUUCAGGAUAUAGCCCAAGAGUUCACACACGGCGUGUUUUUCAACAGCGAUCUUGAUGAUCCGAUGGGCUUUGAUUGGAAGGCAUGAGCGCGAGACUAACAUGAUAUAAGGCGCAAUCUCCAUUGGCAAAGUGUGUACCUUUUGUACAGGAUAUUGAAAUAGGUGCUCCUUAUCUUAAUUCUUUUUUUUUUUCUUUGGCAUCUCUUCUUAUUUAACUUUAUUAAUUGUGGAAUUUGCUGUGACUUGACAAACUUGUUGCAGUAGGCACUUAGCAAUCUUUUCAGAAGGGUUUCUUGUUUUCAAGUGAUGCAAGUGUAAUCUAGUGAACAAUCUUGAGAAAGGACUGCUUUGUUUUCGUUUCCCAACUUAUCUCACCUAAUAUAGGGUGUCGUUGGGUCUUGGCACUUCAACUUAUGACAGCCAAUUAUGAUAA